AUGGCUUCCAAUGAUGAUGAUACUUUAGUAUACGUAACCGAUAUACCAUCAAGUAUUCCCGAGAAGGAUGUCGAACAAAUGCUUCAGAAUCGUGCCGAGAGCAUUGGUCGAAUGAAAAUAAGCAAUGUGAAAUGCUAUUCAAAACUUGGUAUAGCUGUGAUGCAAUUGAUGAAUAAUGACGACAAAAUAUAUCUUGUUGAUAGUGUUCAGUCAACGAUUCUCGAUCGACAACAUCGCAUAAGUGUAUCGUUCGUAAAUGAACUCCAACUUGACUCUUAUGUAGUAAUUGAUCGAAAUUUAUCGAAGAUACCUUCUUCUGAACAAAUUAUCUCUCGUUUUAAACAAGCAUUCAAAAUAUCAGCAAAUCCCGUGUGUGAGCCAAUUUCUGAUCAGUUUCCCAACAUUUUUCGUAUUACUUUAAAUUCACUCGAUGAUCUAGCCAAAGUAGCUAAUUCACCACAGUUUCAGAUCGAAAAAUCCAUUGCCAACGUUUAUGUAUGUGUAGAUUGCAAUUUUUUUAGUGAUUUACCAUUGUUUACCAAUGAUACUAAACUUUUAUCUGCUGUGGUCGCUCAAAUUGGUGGUAAAGAACUUCCAACAACAUCAUUAUACGUACAGUGUAAUCAAAAUACUGGUAACGCCGUUGUUUUAGUAACAAAAUCUGCCACAACAUGGACAUCAGUAAACUUCUUGACAAUUGAUGGACGAAGUGUGCCAAAGAAAACAAAACUUCCCUAUCAAGUUCUUGUCUCUAAUGUACCUCGUGAUUUUAGUAUCGAUCAUAUUAUUAAGCAUAGCUUAUUUACCAAUCGAAUUCUUGCUCAGAAUCAUGUAAGCGAUCAGCUUAUUGUGGAACUCAAUAAUGAGGAAAGUUAUAAGAAUUGUUUAGACGGAGGACAUGUGCGCAUAGGUACUACAGUGAUGGAAAUUAAGCCAUAUAGUAUUGUUAUUGAUCCAGAAACUAUGGAUAUUCGUGCUGAAAAUUGGUAUGAGACAGAUAUGCUCAAGAUCGAACCAGAUAUUAUGACACUAUUUCAUAAUUAUCAACAUCCAAUCUUUCAUUAUCAAUGGAAUGCUCAGAAUUGGAUCGAACAAUUUCAAAAACUAGAUUUAACAGAACAACGUUCGAAAGGUUAUGAUCUUCAUCGACAUUUGUUACGAGUGACAGUCAUGUUGAAUACAAUAGGCACUCUAAGAAAACAACGUUAUAUGGUCAAUCAUGAAGAAGUUAUAUUAAAACCUGACCUUUUACACAGCAUCGUCUAUGAUCAUAAAUCAAAGCUAUCAUAUGGCACGAAAACUUCAGUUAGUAAUAUCAAAACACCAUAUGCAUCGACAUCUGUCAAAGUAGUUAACGAAGAUUGUCUUACUCUAUAUCAGAAACUAGUUUCAGAAGGACGUCGACCUUUAUUAUUAAAUAUGGCCAAUCAAGCUAAUCCUGGAGGUGGUUAUCGAAAAGGUGAUGGAGCACAGGAAGAAAAUCUUUUUCGUCGAUCAAAUUAUUAUCAAAGUCUCGAUGUAGAAAUAGCCGAUAAGGAUCGAUCAGAACGAAUGCAUUGCAAUGAUAAAUGUGAACAGAAGCAAAUAUCAAAAAACGAUAGUUUAUAUCCAAUGGAUGAUUUUGGAGCAAUUUACACAAAGGGUAUUACAGUAUUUCGACAAACAGAAUCUAAUGGCUAUGCAUACAUGAAAACUCCAUUGUACAAUGUUUGUGCUAUUGCCAUGGCUGCUUAUAAAGAUCCUAAAUUAAAAAAUAAUAGAACAUUAGAAAAUAAAUUUGCUGUUCGAACAAGAAAAAAGAUUGAAAACAUCUUUGCAAUUGCACAUCAUCAUAAACAUGAUUGUCUUGUUUUAUCGGCUCUUGGUUGUGGUGCUUUUAAAAAUCCACCUGGUCAUAUUGCUGCUAUUUUUAAAUCUGUUAUCUUACAAUAUGCAGGCUUUUUCAAUACGAUUUAUUUUGCGAUUGUUGAUGAUCAUAAUACAGGCAAUAAAAUUAAUCCACAAGGAAAUUUCCUUCCAUUUCAAGAAUUACUCGAUGGUUUAAUGGUACCAUCACCCACAAUUUUACGUAUCAAUGCAGCCAUUGGGCCAAACCGCGUUCUUGAUAAAUCAACUGAUGGUCAGUUAACAUUAGGUGAUGUUUGUAUUUUAGAUCUACCACCGUGCCAGCAUAGUAGUAAGUGUCGUGAUUAUCGAAAACCUGAACAUGCGGCUCAGUUUUCACAUCCACCCAUGUGUCCACUCUUAAAUGCAACUUCUUCUUGUGAACGGUUGGAUGAUGAUGUUCAUACAUUUAAUUUUAUACAUAAUAUUAAAUGCAAAUUCGGUGGUGAAUGUAAUGAUAUUGAUCCAAUACAUCUAUUAGAUUUUGAUCAUCCAGAAUUUUGUAUACAAGGCGGUGGUUGUACAAAUAUUAGUCAAAAACAUUUAGUGGCUUAUCGCCAUCUACCUAACUGUUCAGAUGGUUCUAAAUGCUCAAAAUAUCGAAGACGAGAUCAGGAACAUUUAAAAUCUUUUCGUCAUUGCAAGUCUGUUUGUCCUUAUGAUAAUUGUUGUGCUAAUAUUCAUAAUAAAGCACAUUUUGAUACUACAAUACAUUCAUUUCGUCCGCCAUGUCCAUUAACACCAUACAACUGUUCAAAGUAUAUCGAAUUUGUUCAAUCGAAAAAUUCAAUAGUAUCGACCGAAAUAGAAGAUCAUUGUCUUGAAUAUUCACAUAUUUGUCCAUACGGUCGUGAUUGCAAAACUAAAGAAGAAAACCAUUUGGAAAUAUCAAUUCAUAUUGCUCGUCGACUAUGUCCUGAUGGUAAUAAAUGUUUAAAACUUACUCAAGAAGAUCAUUUAGAAUCCUAUACUCAUCAUGAUAUACGAGAUAUUCGUUUCUUAUGCAAAAUACCAGGUUUCAAAUGUCGGGACAGACUUAAUGAAAAUCAUUUCAAAAUAUAUCGACAUAACAAAAACCAUGAUCAUUUUAGUGUAGCUCCAUCUAGUAAUCUUAAUACAUCUAUCAAUUUCGCUCGUAAUCAAGGUCAACUAAUUAAAACGGUGAAUAACUACGUAGAAAGAAUGAACUGGGAAAAAACAUCGAUUUCUCCAGAAGUACGUAAUUGGAUACGAGCAUUACAAC